AUUUCUAUUUCAGAUAAUACAACAACAUCGCCAAAGCUCAUCCCUUAUCCCAGCUGGGCGGCACAUUCCAUCGGCUCCGAUGGAAAACCAUUAGAACUCAUCUCUCCAUACAGAGUACGCGUUGACAAAUGCGCUCGACUCUGGGUCCUUGAUAGCGGCAAGAUGGCCACAUCUGAAAACAACACUAUUAAAUACCCACCUUCUAUUAUUGUCUACGAUUUGAAAACCGACAAUCUUAUCAGGAAGUACGUCUUCCCCGCUGACCAGGUCAAACUUGACUCUGGAUUUUCCAACAUUGCUGUCGAAGACUGGGAUUGCCAGAAAUCUUAUGCGUACGCUGCAGACUUGGGGAAACCUGGUUUAGUCGUCUACUCUUGGGAAAAGAACGAAUCCUGGAGAGUCAACCACCACUAUUUUAACAUCGAUCCCAUGGCUGGUGAUUACAACGUCAAAGGAUUAAAAUUCAAUUGGGAUGACGCAUUAUUUGGAAUUGCAUUGUCAGCUCCAGAUGCUGAAACAAACUACAGCACUUUAUAUUUCCAUCCUAUGACGAGUUUUAAUGAAUUCGCUGUAUCCACUGAGUAUUUGAGAAAUCAAACCAUUGCUGAAAAUAAUUUUAAUGCCUUUAAACUGCUUGGCAGUCGUGGACCGAACGCCCAAUCUAGCGUCUCAUUCCUGGACCCAAACACGGGCGUUCUAUUCUACUCCCUAGUAAAUCUAAACGCUGUUGCCUGCUGGAGAACUUCGAACAAAGACUACAUCAUGAAGAACCAAGGUCGAAUUUACAUGAACGACGAAACUAUGAUAUACCCUACAGACAUAAAGGUUGACUAUAAUCAGAAUUUGUGGAUUCUAUCCAAUAGACUUCCAUUUUGGUUAUACACGAAACUGAAUGAUACAGAUAUUAAUUUUAGAAUAUUUACCGCUCCUGUUUUAGAUGCUAUUAGUCAUACAGCCUGUGACGUUACGCCAAGAUCUGAUAUCCUUGAUAAGUUCGUAAAUAGAGUAAAGAAUGUUACUAACAAAAUCGUUUCAAAGAUUCAACUAAAUUCCGGUAUAAACGUCACUCCGAUGUCCAUUGUAACUGUGGCGUUGCUAAGUUUAUUAAUCAGUCUCAGUCAAUCGAACUAACUUCAAUGUGAUGCCAUAAGAUUGUAGUAAAAGAUAGUAGGUUGUUAUAGAAAUGCUACUAGGAUGUCUGAAGUUCUGAGUCAGUUCUCCGACCUCCUUUACACCACUGACAGCACGUUAAGCAUGUCUGAAACCUAGAUUAGGUAGAUUCGGAGCUCGAACUUCUCGCAAUAAAAAAUUGCUACACAAAUGUUUUCGUUGUACAUCUUACACAAAUUACAUAUAUUUUGUACUCCGUAAAGCAACAGUGAUUGGCACCUAUGACUUUUGAGUUUAAUAGGCUAAUCCUGGUAGGCCAGGCUUUGCGCAUUCGAUAAUAAAUUAUAAUUCAUUUAUUUCUUUAUGACAAUGGUGUACAAGAAUGCAUUUUAAAUCACUCUGAACCGUCUUGCGGCAUAUUUUUUUUUUAAUUUUUAUGUAGACGUUUAUACAAUAAGCUGCAUACUAAACUCUCGCAAUCCAACAAAAUAACAUUAGCCACAAAAAAGAUGGAUGUCUAAAUUCACUAAUUAUAAGAUUUCUCACCACAGUGUAACCAUUCCGAUGGGGUUGCUUCAUUCGGGGCACAUGCAGCUCUCAUCACUGCGACCAUCAACUUAUCUAUUGUAAACACCACCAAUUACAAAUCAGAGCCAAGGCCAACAGAAUUGAAAAACUGAAGGACUUUUCUGGCUCCGACAGAUUUUACGUCCUCUGGUUGUGACCUUCUUUCUGGUUGUAGCGUUGGGUGAGAAAAUGAACAGAAGUUUUAUCCGCUUCGUGGCUGAUAUUCUCUAUUCUCUCUUUGCCCAAUAUCUGCCAUGUGCUUGUUCAAGCCACAAUAUCCGGUUAAGACUCUAGUGAGCAUUCUGAUGCCAUUCUUGUGUAAUGACAGAGCUUUUCUACAGUGUUUAACACUAUCAGGGCUUUUGAAUGCUCAAGAUCCUUGCUCCGUAGCCACACUUCUCGGGAGACGUGUGUGCUCUCAUUCAGCAGAGUGAGCUUUGCCAGGCUGUAUGCUAUCCCCAUAAAGGGUUCAUGUCCAAUAAAGGUUUCUCUAGCAACAGCCUUUCCCAGUUCGUCUGCUGCUUCAUUACCCGCGGUGUCAGAGUGGCCUGAAACCCAACGCAGGACCACUUUAUUCCUUUCCCCGAGAGCAUUCACUAUAGUCAUACAAUUCUCUGCAAUGCUUGAUGUUUGGAUGACCGAGGUUAACGCAUAUAGAGCGGCUUGACUGUCUCUGAGUUUAUUAAAUAUACUUAUUAACGUAGCCUCACGCCAGGUUCAAAUCCGCAUACUAUGGUAAGAAACCUAUGAUUAUAAUUGUGACAAUAAUUUAGUUAAAUAUCUCGAAAAUCUAAGUUGUGUGACUAAUUAAAAAGACAAUUCAAAUUUUAAAAGAAAUCUCCGAUGUUGGUGCCGUCUCUGUCACACACAAACAGAACGCGAGUGGGGCUUGAGGCAGUACUACAUAGGUUUUUGUGAAUAAAUUUUAUGUUUCGAAUUUGAUGCUCAUUUAUUAUGUUUCACGGUGACGGACGUAGUGGCAGUGCCCCUCAGAUCUUUGCUAUUUAAAACUCUGAGUGGCACUGCAACUGCUACGGACAGGCGUGUCACGAUCUGUUCGUCCCGUCACUUGACAUUAUAGACUUAAAGAUACAUAUUAAAAAAAAGCAUCCUAAAGUUAUCGUUUUUCAAAAUCUGUAGUUUUAUUUAUCAUUGUCUUAAUGAGUAAAAAACGCACUUUUGGUCGAAAAUUUCAAGCUUUAAAAUACUUUCAACGUUAAAACUAUACAAUUUAACGGGAAACUGAUAAACGACGAUCCUCGACAUUAGCUUCUAGAUUGUAUUGUCUAAUUUUUUAACUUUUAUUACUGUUAAAUCAAACAUCGUUAAUAUGGAGCGCUCUCGCGGGAUUGUCCAUUGAAAUUCAUUUCGUAAUAAUGUUUAUGUUAUUAAUAAUAGUUAUUUGUUAUGCAAGGCUGCAAAGUUGUUGUGUGUCGAGUGCUUGUAUGAAAAGCUGA